GUUUCCGCUGCGUGCAUUCGCGCCCGUACAUGAACUGCACAACGCGCCUUGUCGACCAGAAAUACGCAUGUGCCACGAUAUACCGUAGCGGAUCUUUUCCUAUGUGCCUCACGAGGGCCGUCGGCCAAUAUCUGAACUUGGAUUUCUUUUCUCAACUGUCGGCAUAUCCUCGCCCAUCUCGGAAAGCAAAUAGAGCUGGGCUGCCUUAAAGACAGAGAGAGGUGGAUAGCAGCAGCGAAACGCGGUAGCCCUUUUGGUCGCAUACACCAUGCUGCGUCGAUCCUUGCUCGCGCUUCUGCCUCUCAUAGGCGUCGCGUUCUCGCAGAGUGCUUCACAGUUCACCGAUCCUGUAACCGGAUUUCAGUUCACUGGUCUCACCGACCCUGUUCAUGAUGUGACGUACGGCUUUGUCUUCCCGCCACUGGUCACCUCCGGCAACCAGUCGACUGAGUUCAUUGGAGAAGUCGUCGCACCUAUUGAGGCCCAAUGGAUCGGUAUUGCGUUGGGCGGUGAAAUGAUCGGAGAUUUGCUACUUGUUGCAUGGCCGAAUGGCAACGAGAUCGUCUCUUCCACCCGCUGGGCUACCGACUACAUACAACCGAUUGCUUAUACCGGUCAAGCUACUCUUACCACUCUAUCUGAAACGAAGGUGAACUCCACGCAUUGGCAAUGGGUCUUCAGGUGCCAGGGAUGCACUGAGUGGAACAACGGCGAAGGCAUCGACGUCACCAGCGAGGGCGUCCUUGCGUGGGCGUUCUCGAACGUUGCUGUGGAUGACCCCUCAGAUGCUGAAAGUACUUUCAGCGAGCACACCGACUUCGGUUUCUUCGGCAUCGACUAUUCCUCUGCCCACAGCUCCAACUACCAGAACUAUCUGGCUGGCAAUGCGGGAAACCCUACCACCACGUCCAGCACGCCAACGAGCACGAGCUCUUCGACCAGCACUGGACCAACCGCAUCUGCAACGCCCUACGAUUAUAUCGUCGUUGGUGCCGGACCUGGCGGUAUUAUUAGUGCUGAUCGUCUUUCGCAAGCUGGCAAGAAAGUCCUCCUUCUCGAGCGCGGCGGUCCCAGUACCCAAGAGACCGGUGGAACCUAUGUUGCUCCUUGGGCUGAGGGCAGCGGUCUGACCAAAUUCGACAUUCCCGGGCUGUUCGAGUCUCUCUUCACCGACCCCGAUGACUUCUGGUGGUGCAAAGACGUAACUGUCUUUGCUGGAUGCCUUGUUGGAGGCGGUACAUCUGUUAAUGGAGCUCUCUACUGGUACCCCAACACCCAAGAUUUCUCGUCGAGUGUUGGUUGGCCCAGCAGCUGGGAAAAUCACACCCCGUAUACUAGCAUGGUACAGGCCCGCCUUCCUAGCACGGAUCACCCUUCGACCGACGGCGAGCGCUACCUCGAGCAGACAUUCGGCGUUAUGUCUCAGCUUCUCAGCGGCCAAGGAUACAGCAACAUCACUAUCAACGACAAUCCCAACUAUAAGGACCACGUGUAUGGUUAUAGUUCUUUCGAUUUCCUCAACGGAAAGCGUGCCGGCCCUGUUGCCACCUAUCUCCAAACGGCACUGGCCCGCCCCAACUUUACUUUCAAGCAGAAUGUCAUGGUCUCCAACGUCGUUCGCAACGGCUCGCAAAUCCUCGGUGUCCAGACGAACGACACUACGCUGGGCCCCAAUGGCUUCAUUCCACUGACCACGAACGGCCGUGUCGUUCUGUCUGGUGGCGCCUUCGGCACCUCGCGUAUUCUCUUCCAGAGUGGUAUCGGCCCCACAGACAUGCUCCAGAUCGUGCAAGGCAGCUCGACUGCGGCGGCGGCGCUUCCACCGCAGGAUCAGUGGAUCGAUCUCCCCGUUGGCUACAACGCCCAGGACAAUCCUUCGAUCAACCUGGUGUUCACUCACCCCAGCGUUGACGCCUACGAAAACUGGGCCGACGUCUGGAGCGACCCACGGCCGGCUGACGCAGCCCAAUACCUCGAGAACCAGUCCGGUGUCUUUGCCAGUGCUUCUCCUAGAGUUAACUUCUGGCGCGCGUACUCGGGUUCCGAUGGCUUUACCCGUUAUGCUCAAGGAACUGUUCGCCCGGGUGCAUCUCUCCCCCUGAACACGUCGUUAUCGUACAACUCAAGUCAGCUGUUCACGAUCACCGUCUACCUCUCGACUGGUAUCCAGUCUCGGGGACGCGUCGGUAUCGACGCCGCGCUACGCGGAACAGUGCUCACGGCCCCGUGGCUCGUGAAUGCGGAUGACAAGACCGUGAUCCUCCAGGCCCUGAACGACGUCAUCUCGAACAUGGACUCCGUCCCAGGCCUCACUUUGGUCGUGCCGGACAAUACCCUGACGAUGGAGGAGUAUGUCAACGAGUACGACCCUUCGACGAUGAACUCGAACCACUGGGUUUCGACCACGACGAUCGGUUCUUCCGCGCAGAACGCGGUCGUAGAUGAAAACGCCAAGGUCUUCAACACCAACAAUCUGUUUGUUGUCGAUGCUGGUAUCAUUCCCCACCUGCCCACGGGUAAUCCUCAGGGCACGCUCAUGUCUGCUGCCGAGCACGCUGUUGCAAACAUUCUUGCGCUCGCAGGAGGUCCUUGAGAAAAUCCUUUAUUGUUCUAGGGCUCGUAGACGUAAAAAUAUAUGCUUGUACGCUAUCGAUAGAAGAACGUGGUCGUCU